AGAAGACCAGAACUAAGGCCCAACCACCCCUCCAUCCUCACCGAAGCCGAAACCUUCUGAGUUCUGACUCGCAAGUUGCCAACCUCCCCAAACCCUAGCUUCUCCACUCCCCUCCCCGCCGAGAUCGGAUCUCGCCAUCCCCGCUGCCGCCAUGGCCACCGGCGGCAACCCCAACCCGACCGCCACUACCUCCCAGCCGCGCCUGCCGCAUCCGCAGCAGCAGCCACCGCCCGGCAGCUCCCCGGCGACGCCCUUCAACCACCUCCGCCCGCCCUCCCUCGCUGGCUCCCCCUUCCAGGGCCUCUUCCACACCCCGCCGUCCCACAACCCCGCCUUCCAGAUCCACAUGGGCGCCUCCUCCCCGCAGACCCCGAUCAUGGCCGCCAACGCCGCCACCGCCGCGGCAUCCGCCAAGCGCCCCCCGCAGAAGCCCCCGGCGCGGCCCCCGGCUCCCACGCCUUCCUCUGCGGCGGCGGCGUCGGCGGCCGCCGCCUACAAGGCUGCGGCCGCGGCUGCCGCGGUGGCGAACUCGGGAGGCGUCGACCUCACGCCCGCCGCGCGCCGGAACAAGAAGCGGAAGCUACCGGAGAAGCAGCUCCCCGACCGCGUCGCCGCGCUACUCCCGGAGUCUGCGCUCUACACGCAGCUGCUCGAGUUCGAGGCCCGCGUGGACGCGGCGCUGGCGCGGAAGAAGGUGGAUAUCCAGGAGGCGCUCAAGAACCCGCCCUCGCUCCAGCGCACGCUUCGCAUCUACGUCUUCAACACCUUCGCCAACCAGGCGCCACGCACCAUCCCGCCACCCAAGAACGCCGACCCGCCCACCUGGUCACUCAAGAUCAUCGGCCGCGUGCUCGAGGACGGCGCCGAGCUGGACCCCGCCAGCGUCGUGCCCAAGCACAACCCAGUGUACCCGAAGUUCUCCAUGUUCUUCAAGAGGGUGACCAUUGCGCUGGACCCGUCUCUGUACCCGGAGAACCCACUGAUCAUCUGGGAGAAUGCGCGGUCUGCCGCUCAGCAGGAAGGGUUCGAGGUGAAGAGGAAAGGGGAUAAGGAGUUUGCUGCGAAUAUCCGGCUGGAGAUGAACUAUAACCCCGAGAAGUUCAAGCUGUCACAGCCGCUGAUGGAGGUGCUUGGGGUUGAUGUGGACACUCGCGCACGGGUGAUUACUGCCCUCUGGCAGUACAUUAAGGCGAAGAAGCUUCAGAACCCUAGUGAUCCUUCGUACUUCAUGUGUGAUCCUCAACUGAAGAAGGUGUUUGGGGAGGAUAAGUUGAAGUUUGCAAUGCUGUCACAGAAGAUAUCUCAACAUCUGUCAGCUCCACCACCCAUCAACUUGGAGCAUAAGAUUAAGCUAUCAGGGAAUGGAGCGCACGGUAGUGCUUGCUAUGAUGUGCUGGUGGAUGUUCCCUUCCCGCUGCAGAAGGAGAUGAUGGCGUUUCUCGCCAACACAGAGAAGCACAAGGACAUUGAGGCUUGUGAUGAGGUAAUAUCUGCUUCCAUCAAGAAGAUCCAUGAGCAUCGAAGGAGGAGGGCUUUCUUCCUUGGAUUCAGCCAGUCCCCAGUGGAGUUCAUCAAUGCAAUGAUAGCUUCUCAGAGUAAAGAUUUGAAGCUGGUUGCCGGCGAAGCGAAUAAGAAUGUUGAGAAGGAAAGACGUGCUGACUUCUAUAACCAACCAUGGGUUGAGGACGCUGUUAUAAGAUAUUUGAACCGCAAGCCAGCUAGCGACGGCCCAGGUGGUGGUGCUGGUGGUUCUUGAGUGGAUUGCUGUAUUGCCUUUUUGGUGUAGAAACAAGUUGCCUGUUCUGUAUUAGUAAAAUUCAGAUAUGUUAGCGAGGAGGUUUGUUAGGUGUUACUUACUGUAUGUUGUGUCCUAUAUUAUCUUACUAUAUGGUGGGAGUAUAAUGCCAAGUGCUGAGCUGAAAGCCGGUCUAUGUACCGAACAUAUGUGACCACAAGGUUUACUUUGUGUAGUGCCAAACUGGUUGGCAUUUGUCAGUGAGUCUGAGCAUUGCUGCUGCUGGAACUAAUGGUUGAUUAAAGAAGGUGCUUAGUGGAGGGGACCUGAUGGAGUGUACUUUUGCGUUUGAAUGUCGAAGUGGAGGGAAAUGGAAAGAGAUGUCUUUGUCCCUGUCUUUAGCAGUACCUCAAGGAUAAAUAAUUCAAGGAAUAAGUCCAUUUUA